AUGUCCAGAUAUCGUGCUGACCCUCGCUUUUCUGAGGGCAACCUUGCUUACCGCGAUCCUCCGCCCCAACGAUGGGAUACCGACCGCUUCGUGCGAGAACGAGAAUUCCGGGCGGCUCCCGUCAUCGACCAGCGCCCUCCCUAUGACUACCCUCCUCGACGAGCGCCCGUCUACGAAGAACAGCAAUACUAUGAGCAGGAUCGCUAUGGGCCUCGUGGCGCCUCGGAGCGCAGAUAUUUCGAGGAGACUGACUACUAUGACCCUCGGGCUCAACGGGGUCAGAUGGUGCCGUACGUCCCAGAACGUCUGUCUCGCCCGGAAGCGCCACCUAGACCCGGCAUUCUUCGCCGGCAAUCCAGCCUAGACACGUUCGACCGCCGACCGUUGCGUCAUCAAGAUGACUAUGAGGACUUCUACAGACAGGCGAGACCGAACCCGCCGCGCGAACUCAUUCCCAUACCGGCGCCGUCGCCAAAGAGAGCAUACCCGAGGUAUGACGAGCGCAUCUAUGACGAUAUUCGUGUGCAAGAUCCUGAUUACUAUGGAGACGAUGGCUUUCGUGAAUAUCGUGAAAGAGAAUGGGUGGCUCGCCGAGGCAAGAACAGCCCCUCACCUGACAGACGAACCGUCAGGGAGGAGAUCAUUGAGAAGGAAGAGAUCAAAGAAGUCAAAGAAGAGAAGCCAUACCCACGACGUGGCAAGACACGUAUGCCGAAACGUCUCGUGCACACCAAGGUUCUCUAUGAUUUGGGGUACCCCUACUACGAAGAGGACGAGCGAACUAUCAUUAUCGAAAAGGCCCUUGGGCCAGACAAUAUUGACGAGAUCUUUGCAAUGAGCAAGGAGUAUCGUGAGCGAGAAGUCACAACGACCCGACUUAUCGAGGCUCCUCCUGACACUCGGUCGCGAGCAGCUAGUGUCCGCGGCGAUGUGGUCAUUGAAAAGACGGAGAAGAUUGAGGAGAUCAAGACCGUUCCUUUAGCAGAUGCCCCACGAUCUGUCCGCGAGUGGGAUGGAUUGUCAGUUCGUUCCCCAUCCCCGAAGUCUCAUCGAUCUCAUUCUCGAAGACGAUCGAGACGUGGAUCGUCGCCCGGUGUGAUCAAAGAAACCAUAGUCGAAAAGAAGGAGGUGGUCAAGGAAGUAUCUCCUGCCCGAACACAUCGAUCUCGCCGCCGAGGGUCUUCUGUGAGCGACGACACAACUAUUAUCGAACGGAAAAUCAUUCGAGAAGGUAUUGAUGACGACUCAAACUCUGUUCAUGUCGGGCCAUUGGCGCUUGUUGUGGACAGAAACCCACCACGCAGCGACCGCGACAUCAAAGAGGAAAUCAGACGGCUCGAAGCGGAACGCCGAGCGCUGCGCCGGGAGAGACGCUACGAGCGCGAAGCCGGCACCGAGAUUAUCAAAAUUGAACGGACGCGGGACAGAUCUCCAUCGCCUCGCGGCGAGGUCAUCAUCGAAAGGCGAGGCGACGAGAUUCUGGAAGUCAAGAAAGACCGGAGAGGUCGGUCACGCUCGGCAGCUCCCAGUCCUGCAAUCAUCAAGGCCAUGAUGGCCACACUCACCUAA